GGAUUGUGCUUUUGUUAUUUCUGACAUCAGAUAGGUGGGCAGUAUCAGCUUCAGCACACAGUAAGAAGCUGCGCUGGCCACAAGCUUUCAAUCACAAGAUGUGAUUACACAAGGCUGUAUUGGUGCCUUGUCAAGGCACCAAUUUUUACACAGCAGCAAGGUCGUGCAAUGUCCAAACAAUUUUCUUCAUCUACGUUGGAUACCUGGCUUAGAAGAGUUCCGAGCGCCGAUACCGAUUCCUGGAGGGAUACGAAAUGGCUUUGCAGAGGACAAGUUCUUUGAGUUGUCAAAUCUUUAUGAAGGGGGCUAGUUUGUCAUGCAAUGGAUGCAUGACCAUGAGAGGGCGCCUUCACAGCUGCACGCUAAGACGGACCUGCUGGUGCACGGGAUAAUUUUCAUCGUGCUUUUGCAUCGUUCGACACGUUUAGGUGUUUGAAUACAAUGGCACCGACGCAAAGAGCUUUUUUCCUUCAUACCCGCGGCAGAACGUCGCGUACCCGAAAAUGGAGGAGUUUUUUUGAAGAAUGAAGCAACACUACAGUGUAUAGACAAUGCGAUCAAUGAAUUGCACCAGCACCAGACUCGAUAGAAUCAAACUCGCCUGGUCUCCUUCUUGUUCUCUUCCCGUCGAGGAUGAGGAUGACG